AUGGGUGUGAGGUUCUUCACUCUCCAAAUGAUCCCCAUGUGUUUUCAUGUCGCCGGCAACCACCAUGUCUCCUCCCGCGUCCAGCUUCAACCGGACGACGAUGAGGAGGAGUUUCAAUCACCACGCGCUAAGGUGGGCGGUAAGCGCGCGGCGGUUGGUAAUAUUAAGGUCGUCAAGUUCGACGGCCUUGUGAAGAUCUACAGCAAGCCGGUUGAUGUAUCAGAGCUCAUGAGGGAGUUUCCUAAGCACUUGGUGUGUGCUUCCGACUCGUUUUACAUCGGCCAGAAAAUCCCAGCUCUUUCGGAACACGACCAGCUCCAGUUCGGUCGAAAGUACUUUCUGCUGCCAAAGCACUUGUUCGAGUCCGUGCUCUCCUUCGUUACCAUUGCAUCGUUCGCCUCCUCCGAUCCAGAAUCCGAAAAAUCCGACCAAAGGCCCUCGCCUGUUCCCUCCAUCAACUCCAAGAAUGCAUUUCUAAGAAAGGUCGCGACUUGCGAGCCUUUUCAUAUACAGAAAUCGGACACUGGCUGCCUGAGAAUACGUGUCUCCGACGAGUUUAUAUCGCAAUUGCUGGAAGAAGGCAAGCUCAGAGACGAAGCUAAAGUCGAAGAAGAUGAUGAACAUAGCAAGGGUUUUGAGCCAAACAACAAAGUCUGCACCACGCCGCAGUUACAGAAAGACUACUCGCAACUGGUUGGGGCAAGACAAUGGAAGCCGAGGCUAGAGCCAAUCAGAGAGACUCGAGAAACCAAGAGAAGAUCAAGACUUUCUUCGUUUGGGAUGAGAAGAUCAAAGAAGAAAUCUCAACCCAACUCAUCAUCAAAAGCAACACAGAGCUCAAAGGGUCCAAAGAGUUCAAAGACUGAGCACCAUUCAAAAGCCAAAACCAAGAUCAAAUCAUCAAAGAAAUGA